ACCGCUCUAUAAAUGCGGAAUCAACCUUGUCCUUUUUCCUCGUGAUUCAUCAAACCCAAACACCUCUUUUCGCGUUCCAACUUCUCUCUCAAUGGCUUCUUCUUCUUCUUCUCUUUCCCUCUCACCAGACACCAAAGACCUUUCUCACCCAUCUGGUGAGGUCCAUGUUAUUGUGGGCCCCAUGUUCGCUGGCAAGACCACUGCGCUUCUUCGUCGUAUCAAAUCCGAGCUCAACGCUGCCAGGAAUGUGGUGAUGUUGAAGUCAAGCAAGGACACAAGAUAUGCGAUUGACUCGGUUGUGACGCACGAUGGGAUUAAAUUUCCUUGUUGGGCGUUACCGAAUCUCUUGUCUUUCAGAGAAAAAUAUGGCCAUGGUGCUUAUCAGAAGUUGGAUGUGAUUGGAAUAGACGAAGCACAAUUUUUUGAGGACCUAUACGAGUUUUGCUGCAAGGCUGCUGACGAGGAUGGUAAAACUGUAAUCGUUGCAGGCCUGGAUGGUGAUUACUUAAGGAGAAGCUUUGGCUCAGUGCUUCACAUAAUUCCUCUAGCAGAUUCUGUCACCAAGUUAACAGCCCGUUGCGAACUAUGUGGCAAACGUGCUUUCUUCACCUUGAGGAAGACAGAGGAUCAAGAGACUGAACUCAUUGGUGGGGCUGAUGUGUAUAUGCCUGUUUGUCGUCUACAUUAUAUGAACAGCCAUGUUGCUGAGAGGAUUGUUCUCCAAUCUCAAACUGUCAAAACUGAUUCCCUUCUUGAGCCAGCUACAGAUGUUUAAGGCUCAUUGGAAAUUGGCUUGAAUGCGUUCUCUCCACUAUGCUUCAUUGAUUGGUCACACAGCCAUGUUGGUCUGAAUCUCACUUGAUGUAUUUGCUUUAUCAGCCUUCUGUUUAUAUUUAGAAUUUUAUGUAUAGAUGAAGUUUUUUAAUGCUGCUUUGUUGUCUCUUAUGCUACCUAUGGUUUGCUCUAUUGUUUAUGCUUGAUUUUUAUGUAUAUCAUUUUCUGGAAGUGAGGAAACAGUGUAACAAGUUUAGGAAGUUAAUUGAAUGCAUCUUCAAGAUUA